UCAAAUCAAUAUGUCCUCAUUCAAUAUCGUUGUGCUCGCAGGUGACGGCGUUGGCCCAGAGAUCAUAAAGGAAGCAGUAAAGGUCCUCAAUGUGAUCGAGAAGACACGAGACAUCAAGUUCAACUACCAACAUUACGACUUCGGAGGCUGCUCCAUCGAUGCCCACGGCACUCCUUUAACAGAAGAGACCCUUGCAGCAGCGAAAGCAGCAGAUGCGAUCCUUCUAGGAGCAGUAGGAGGACCCAAAUGGGGAACCGGAAAGGUCCGCCCUGAGCAGGGCAUCCUCCGUCUGCGCAAGGAACUAGGCACCUUCGGCAACCUUCGACCCUGCUUCUUCGCUUCCGACUCCCUCGUCGACGCCUCCCCUCUCAAAGCCGAGGUCUGCAGAGGCGUCAACUUCAACAUCGUCCGCGAACUGACCGGCGGCAUAUACUUUGGAGACAGGAAAGAGGAUGAAGGCGACGGCAAGGCCAUGGAUACAGAGCCCUACACCGUCGAGGAGAUCGAGCGCGUGGUACGACUAGCAGGCAGUCUCGCUUCCGUGGAGAACCCUCCCGUUCCCGUUUGGAGUCUUGAUAAGGCGAAUGUCCUUGCAACGUCGCGGUUAUGGCGGAAGACGUUCGAGCGAAUCAUGAGGGAAGAAUUCUCCCAGCUUAAGUUCGGCACGCAUUUGAUCGACUCGGCCGCUAUGUUGAUGAUCAAGAACCCGAGAGCGCUGAACGGAGUCAUCGUCACGAGCAACCUCUUUGGAGAUAUCAUCAGCGACGAGGCAAGCGUCAUUCCGGGUAGUUUGGGACUUUUGCCAAGUGCGAGCUUGGGCGCAAUCCCUGAUGGCAAGACCAAAGUCAAUGGUAUCUACGAGCCGAUCCACGGUUCCGCCCCCGACAUCGCCGGGCAAGGCAUCGUCAACCCCGUCGCGACCGUCCUCUCCGUGAGCAUGAUGCUCAAGUACUCAUUAUGCCUGCCCGAGCUCGCUCAGAAGGUCGACGAAGCGACCAAGAUUGUCAUCGACAAGGGCAUCCGUACCAAGGACAUCGGCGGCACUGCAAACACUUCCGAAGUCGGAGACGCGAUAGCGGCUGAGCUGGAGCGGUUGUUGCAAUGAGGAGAUAAUACAUCUACGGGCACGAUUAAUGAUCUAGGUUCUUGUGGAAAGUAAGAAGAUUUACAGUCUUUGAUAGAUGGGGCUCGGUGGUAUAGUAAUGUUGUCGUAUAGGGGCAUGGUCCUCUUCAUCCAUAUCUAUCCAUAUCUAGAGCGUUGCUGAGCCGUAUGGUAAAUGUUGUAAAGACAUUGUAUAGACAAGCAUAUUGACUAUGUUGACGGAAAUUUACAUCGAACUUCUUCAAGCAGAC